AUGCCCGGAGCCAACAACGCCGACACGGAGGGCUCGUGCCAGGCGCUGUGUCGGAACCUGGUGUCGCACAACGGCCUGCAGAGAGAGACGGCCGACAUCUCCCAGUCUGUCCUGUACACCUCCCUGAUGGGCCUGCUGCUGGUUGCUGACAAAGAGAAAGAGCAGCUCAACUUGGGCAGUGGAAGAGUGGGCCUGAGGAAUGUGGGGAACACAUGCUUCCUGAACGCGAUCAUCCAGUGUUUAUCUCAUACACGAGGCCUACGGGACUACUGCCUCCUGAGGUUCUACAGAACUGAGAAGAACUCCAAAGAGGAGGCCAAACUCAUGGAGGCCUUCUCUCAGGUGCUGGCGGGCCUCUGGGAUGUGAAUGGCGGCGACGGCGUGGUCAACCCACGGCAGUUUUACAGCAUCUUCAAAGAAGCAGUGCCUCACUUCAGUGGGUACAGUCAGCAGGAUGCCCAGGAGUUUCUGAGGUUCCUCCUGGACAGGCUGCACACCGAGAUAAACCGCCGGCCACAUGUGCGGAGGACGGGCAAGGAGCCUGAACAAAAAUACGCCAAGUUCAGGAUCGCGGAGGAGGCCGCCGCCAUGUGGAAGGAGCACCUAGAGAGGGAUGACAGUAAAAUAGUAGACCUGUUCUCGGGACAGCUGCGCAGCUCGCUCCACUGCUCGGUGUGCUCCCAUUACUCCACCACCUUCGACGUCUUCUGCGACCUGUCCCUGCCCAUCCCGAAGAGGAGCUCGGCCAGGGAGCUCACGCUGAGGGAGUGCUUGGACCUCUUCUCUCAGGAGGAGAAGCUGGGGGAGGAGAACGCUCCGAUGUGCGAGCGGUGCAACAGGCGAACAGAGAGCACCAAAAGGCUGACCAUACAGAGGUUCCCUCGGGUCAUCGUCAUCCAUCUGAACCGAUUCACCAUGUCGCGGUGGUCUAUCAGUAAAAGCACAGUGCACGUGUCCUUCCCGCUCAUCAACCUGGACCUGGGACCUUAUGGACCUGCAGACUGUGGCCCGGUGCUGUAUGACCUGUACGCCAUAUGUAACCACGCCGGGACAGUGAACAUGGGCCAUUACACAGCCUGCUGUCUGGAGGAAAACGGGUGGUGCUUCUACAACGACUCAAGUGUGACUCCGGUGUCGGAGAACCAGCUCCAGUCAAACCAAGCCUACGUCCUUUUCUACCAGCGCAGCGACGGCAACAGCAACGCCACCAUCAGGAAAUAAAGCCCCCCGACUGGCUGAGCUACAAGGUGACAUCACAAACGGCCAAUCAGAGCAGCUUCACCUCCACUUGUGCAUGGAGACGAACUGCAUCAGCGGCUCUGGCGCAUCCCUCGGCCUCGCAUCCGGUGAGCGAGGCGCCCAGUGAACUUCAGCUUCAAGAGGAGA